AUGCUUCUCAUCACGACGUCCAACUCUUACCAUGAACGGCCCAAAACAAACCAUGCUCUUGUCCACGAAGGAUGCAGUUCCUCCAACGAGUUUCAACAAAGAGCUGCUCGGAGCCUGGAUGGUGGAGGUCAAACUGUACCUCCAGGCCUUGGCUUCACUCAGUUCUUGGAUCUCGGCAACUCUUGUGCCCAUGAACACUUUGAAUCUACAAGAGUCUGGCUGGAGCCAUGUGAGCACCGUGGUGGAGUCUGUCCAGAGCACCACCUCCUGAAGCACCAGAGUACUGAAAAGCACUGGAGACAAGAGAGUCCCAGUGACUACAGCAAUCAGUCCAGGAUCCUGGAUAUACUGAGGGUUGAGAGGGAGGCUCUCAUCAGUCAUUCAGAGAGGUUGUGUGCUGCAGUCACAAGGCGCACCGAUGCUGUGCUGGAGAGACUUGGACUCUCUAACCAGCAGGUCCCCCUCUCUUCACCUCAGCCCCCAGCUGGUCCCAGACGAAGGCCUGAAUCAUCUGUCCCAGGACGGAAGAUCAGACCUUCACGUUUACCGCCUUUAAAAGCUGAGGUGGUGAGCAACAGCAGGAAUCCCCAAACAAAGGAUGAGGAGGAAGAAGACGUGUAUCUUGGCAAUGACAGCACAUCAGCUUCCAUCAGCACACUGGAUACUCUGACUCCCAGUGAGCUGAGGGAAAUCUCGCUGAUUCAAAGUCCUGUUGAGGUGUCACCUCCUCAGACACCUGUUGCUCCCUCUCAUCCUCCAGCAGCUCCAAAACUCAGGAGAAGAGUAUCCCGUCUCCCUGUUAUGUGGAUGUUACUCAAUGGAGCAGACAAAGAAGUAGCCGGUGGAUAUAGACUUCAGACGGCUAAAUAUCAGCUGGAGGAAAUUCAGAAGGGACUGGAGAACUUUUGGCAAAACACCCUUCAGGCUGUACCCCAACCCCCAGCAGCACCAAAAAGGAACCAGCAAGGGAAACCUGUUGCUCCAGCUCGUCGUCCAACACUGGUCCCACAAAAGAAGACAGGAACACAAAAUAAGUCCAAGCUCCAGACACCAGACAAGAAGCCGCUGGAAGAACUGCAGCCACUUUCCAAACCAGUGGAGGGUCUUUCGCAAUGCUUCAAGCUUAUGAGUUCAGAAGACUGGAUGAAGAAGAUUGAAGGCCUGCGAACCGUCCAAGCCCUGGCCCAGCACCAUCCAGACACACUGAUGGAAAAACUUCAUGAAGUGUGUCUGGCUGUGAUAGAAGAGGUUAAAAAUCUACGCUCCUCAGUGGCCUGCGUAGCAAUGGACACCAUGGGGUAUCUCUAUGUCUACCUGCAGAAGGACAUGGAUACUCAGGCAGAGAGGACUGGCCGCACUCUGCUGCAGAAGAUUGCACAGUCAAAUGCAAACCUCUUUGUGCAGCAGCAGGCCAACAAGGCCCUGGAGGCACUGGCGCAGAAUUGCAGCCCUGCUCGUGUCCUCACCACUCUGCUGAAUAAUGGGCUGAGCCACCUGAGCGCUGCAGUGAGAGCCUGCACAGCUCAGCAGCUUCACCUGCUGGCUGACGGACUAGGAGCAGCCGCAAUCUUCACAGCAGGGAGGACCUUCACUCAGAGCUUCCUUACUGCGGUCAGUAAGAUGUCUCUGGACGCUGCUGCCGAAGUCAGGCCCCAUGGACAUGCCAUCCUCCAGGAACUGGCCCUUCACGGAGACUUUAUGGAUCUGUGGAAGAACAUCAUCUCCGAAAAAGAUCGAAGCCCACUGGAGAGAAUUCUGAGGACAGCAAAGAAGACGUAAAGGCGGGGGACAACAAAGGGCAGAGGGCGGCACGCUGGUGCAGUGGUUAGCACUGUCACCUCACACAAAGACGGAGCAGCCUUUAAAGCAGCCAUGGAGGCUACUUUAAAGGCUGCUCCUGUCUGUGUGGAGUUUGCAUGUUCUCGCCGUGUCUGCGUGGGUUUACUCCGGGAUGCUCCGGUUUCCUCCCACACUCCAAAGAUAUGCAGCUUAGGUUA